GUAAAUUACACCUCCGAACUCUGGGUUCAGUAGUGUCCUGCUGCUUCGGCUCCUUUUUAUUUUUUACUUUAUACUUCAACGUACUUUUCCAGCUGUCUGCAGCAGGAUGGCCAGCGACUCUGCGGAACAACAAGUGGUAGUGGUGGAGAAUGUGGAGAAAGUGGAGGUAAGCGUUCAAGUUGUGAAGAGAAGCGGCGUUUUUACCGGUGUGCUUUACUACGUAUCUCGGUUCUGGCCGAUCAGCAUCAUGAUUCGUGCCUACCGAGGUUUCUGGUACAUGUUCGGGUUUCGACCUAAAAGCACCCCCGAAGUGCCCAUCCUGGGUUCCACUCCUGCCCGUCCGAGCCGCCAGGGCCUGAAGCGCCUCCGCCGGAUCACCCGUAUCAUCAUGGCCGUCCUGCCCCGCCGCAUGCAGAGCGCCCUGGGCUACCCGGUCCCCGCCAGCGUCGGCUGCUCCCUCUCCCCAGAGAUGCGGAUCUCGCCCACAAAGCCAUGUGGGAAGGGCAACAAGAGGAAGCAGGAUGAGCUGGACGAGGAUGAGGACGAGGAAGGAGAUGAGCUGGAGCAGCACACCUGGGUGGAGGCUUUCGCCAACGAGCUGGCCACGGACGAGGGCUCUGAAGAAGACCCGGACUACGAGCCCAGUGCGGUGGAGACGGAGAGCGACGAGUACUCCUCUCGCAACGAGAGCGACACGGAGGAGGUCGACAAGCAGGGACUGGUCAUUAUUGAAGAACUGGCCAUUCCUCCUGCUGACGUAAGCCUCCCUGCCCUCUGAAUAACCUUUGCAUUGUUUGUUGUUUUUGUACUUGUUCAAUAAAUAUAAGUUCCUCUUA